AUGGAAAAUACAGCUCCAGCAGAUAUAGAUAUGUUCUUUACCAAUCUAAAAAAUAUCUGGCUUAAGCGUCAACCUUCUACUUUUACAUAUAAUGGAAAUAGAAAUUUAUCCAUUAUUACAACUAAUUCAUCUCCUAUUCCAUAUCAACUGCAACCUCAAGAAAAUAAAAAUAGGGCAAUGGAACAUUUAGAAAGUAUUGCUAUGAGAUUGGGAUAUUCUGAUAAUGCAUCUCAAAAUUCUGAUGCUUUAGAAAAUUUUAUCGAAGAUGAGUUAUACGCAAGAUUAGGACAUGCAAAUUAUUAUGUUAAGAAAGAACCUUUUGGACAAAAUAAUAAUACCAAAAGUGCUAAAAAAGUAUACACUACAAAGAAACCAACAAAAGUUAUUAAAGUUAUAUACAAAUGCUCAAAUUGCAGAAAAAUUGGGCAUAGAAAAAAUAAGUGUCCUAGUCCCAUUAGAAAAUGCAAAAAGGUUAAUUAUAUCAUUCAAUCUGAGCCAGAAAAUUCUGAUCAAGAAAAUGAAUUUAUUGUAGUAUUAGAGGAUUCUGAUGAGGAAGGAUCUGAAGCUGAGGAAAGCAUCUCUGAUAAUGAAUCACAAUCAUGUUUCAAUGAAGUAUUUCUUGAAUCUCUUAAAUAUAUGAUAUCCGAAUUAAUACCCCAUUGUCCUAAGAAGAUUCUCAUUGAAGUUCGUGUAUUUCUUAAUAAUCUGUUUAUAAAGAUGAAGGAUCAAUUUGAUUCAUAUUAUGGUGAAAAGUAUACAGUCAAAGAACGAAAUAAGGACCAGAUUCCAAACUCUUCGAGUCCUAAAGAAACGAAUCGCGAUUAUGAGCUUAUAUCUCAACCAGAAAAACUUGACAAUUUCAUUACAUUAAAUCAUGCCAUUAAAAUAUACCAAGGAGCACAAAUAAGACAAAAUUGGCCUAACCCUUUUGAGAUUGAUUUUCUCGAUAUAAAAGAACCUAAUGAUGUGGCAACAAUUUCUUGUAGAAUAGGUGACUUGAUAAUACCUCACGCAAUUCUAGAUACUGGUGCAGAUAAUUCAUUGUUUACAGAUAACAUUCCUGAAUAUUUAGGGAUAAAAAUAAAUAAGAAAAAUGUUUACAAACUUACAGGUGCAGUUGGAGAUUCUCAAUCCGUUGGUACUUCAUAUAACAUUCCUAUAUCUAUAGAUAGUGAAAAAGAUUCUAUAACAGUUUCUGAAAAAGAAAUAUCCGUAAUUCCCACAAAAAAGAAUCGAAAUGGAAAAGAUAUAUCUAUAAUGAUACUUGGUACAAAAUGGCAACAUCAUAUCAGAUGGGAUCCUAUAGUAAAAGGAGAAUUUAUAGCAACACAAAAUGGAAAGACUAUUACAAUUCCUCUUUCUACUCGCAAAGAAUCACGCAAUGCAUUUAAUACAGAAAAAAUACAGGCAUCAGAGGUAUGA